CUCUCCUUUGUCCUCUCUUCUAUCAUGUUUUCAGAAACCCUACUUCAAUAAAGCUCAGAGUCUCCUGCUGCUCUCCCUGAGAGAGAGAGAGAGAGAGAGUUUCGAUCAUCAGGCAAAAGGUGCAAUCCUAGCUACCAUUUCUAAGGAAAGAUUGGUCUCUGUUAUUUUGCUCAAAAGACAUCAAAGAAGUGCAGUUGCGACUAAGUACUACUAAUUACUGAAGAAGAAGAAGAAGAAGAAGAAGAAGAGUAUUUGUUAUAUGGGCUCGAUGAAUUCAAACAACUGGCUAUCGUUCCCCCUCUCUCCGUCAUCUCACUCUUCAUUGCAAGCAAAUCUUCACUCCACUCAGCCUCAUCAGUUUUCUCUAGGGCUAGUCAAUGAAAACAUGGACAACCCUUUUCACAACCAAGAGUGGAAUAUGAUCAAUGCUCACGGGGCGAGUGGCGAGGUGCCAAAGGUCGCAGACUUCUUGGGGGUGGGCAAGUCAGAGAACCAAUCAGAUCUUACGGCCUUCAACGGGAUGAACCAAGCUGGCGACGCUGAUUACUUGUUCCCGAGCAGCAGCCUUGUCCCAGUCCAACAGAGCGCAGUCGUGGCAGCGGCGACCUCGAGCAACUACGAGCUCCAAGAGAAUGUAGGCAACAUGCAGUCACUGACUCUAUCCAUGGGCAGCGGGAGCAAGGGCUCAGCUUCGGAGAUUAGUGGGGACAACACUAGCAACAACACGGUGGAGAAUGCGCCAAGAAGGACCUUGGACACAUUCGGGCAAAGAACUUCGAUUUACCGGGGCGUCACCAGGCAUAGAUGGACAGGGAGGUAUGAGGCUCAUCUUUGGGAUAAUAGUUGCAGAAGGGAAGGCCAGUCCAGGAAAGGUCGCCAAGUCUAUCUGGGGGGUUAUGACAAAGAAGAGAAAGCAGCUAGGGCAUACGAUCUUGCUGCUCUCAAGUACUGGGGAACAUCGACCACUACAAAUUUUCCUAUAAGUAACUAUGAGAAGGAACUCGAAGAGAUGAAGCACAUGACCAGGCAAGAAUUCGUGGCGUCCAUUAGAAGGAAGAGUAGCGGCUUCUCUAGAGGGGCUUCGAUGUAUCGCGGAGUUACUAGGCAUCACCAGCAUGGACGUUGGCAAGCGAGGAUUGGGAGGGUUGCAGGAAACAAAGAUCUUUAUUUGGGAACUUUCAGCACCGAGGAGGAAGCUGCCGAGGCCUACGACAUCGCGGCGAUCAAGUUCCGGGGCCUCAACGCCGUCACCAACUUCGACAUGAACCGCUACGACGUGAAGGCGAUCCUCGAGAGCAACACACUGCCCAUCGGCGGGGGCGCCGCCAAGAGGCUCAAGGAGGCCCAGGCGCUGGAGUCCUCGAGGAAGCGCGAGGAGAUGAUCGCCCUCACCUCGAGCUUCCAGUACGGCAGCUCGAGCUCAGGCCGCCUCCAGUCGUACCCUCUGUUGCAGCCAUCGUUCGAUCACCACCACCAGCCUCAGCCGCUGCUGACCCUCCAGAACCCCGAGAUCUCGCACUACUCGCAGCAAACCGACCCUUCUUUCCCCCAUAAUUACAUCCAGACGCAAUUGCAGCUUCAUCAGCAGUACCAGAACCACCCUUACUACAAUAGCACCAACUAUCUUCAGAGCAACCCGGCGCUGCUGCACGGGCUGAUGAGCGUUGGGUCUUCGACGACGGUCAUCGGGGAGAACACUAACAACAACGGGAGUUCGAGUGGGAGCUACAGCGGAGGGUACUUGGGAAUGGGCUCGAGCAGCGGCGGCGGAGGCGGCGGCGGCGGGGGGAACGGUGUCGGGUCGGAGGAGCUCGCGAUGGUCAAGGUGGACUACGACAUGCCUAAUAGCGGUUACGGGAGCUGGUCGGCGGACUCGGUGCCGGGCUCGAACCCAGGCGUUUUCACGAUGUGGAAUGACUGAUGAUGGUGCAGGAGAGGAGGGGCGCAAGGUCACGGCGUGCAUGGAAGAUUUUAUACAUAGCUUUUCAAUGCUUCUUUUACUAAUGGAUCGAGGCUGAUUGGCUUCUACAAGUGCACCAACAAAAACAACCUUCUUCUUAAUUUCUUCAUUCUUCUUUAUUUCUUUUUUUUUUUGUUGGUUUUCAUUAUCGGAAUAGAAUGUAUUAGAUUCUUGGAGAAAUCGCUAAUCAAGUCAAUCGCAUUGUCAAGAAUUAUAUAGGACCGUGCAUUUCGUGCAUCGUCAUUGCGAUGUGAUUGACUUGAUUUUAAUGGCGGUGAUGAUCGUUCGUGUCCGAACGAAAAUUUUGUUCCCUUGAAUCUAAUGAGAAAAUCUAAUUAUUGAAGACUUGAGA